AUGCAUCCGCUGUCUCAACAGCCUCCCGAUUCCACGACUCUCGCUCGUCUAUCAUUAGCCAAGUUCUCCCAUACAACGACCUCACUUAACCACCGAGGUCCAUUACACUGGAGCCAUGUCAUGGGAAAUGGAGAUCUAGUCGGCAUUUUUGAGAGGCGCACGAUGACAAAUUUCACUCCAGACAGAAUACUCUUGAAGGUCAUUGGUGUCCAUGGAAACCUGGAAGAGAUAGAUCUUACUCACUUUGCUAUUGAAGCCGGAAAUAUAACCCAGUCCAGCCAAAUCACAGCGUCAAAGCCAAUCUUCGCAGUCGUGGUGAAGUUACCCUGCCUUGCAGUAAAGUAUCCAAGAGCAAACAUGGUCCACCGCUUCCAGAUAAAAUUCUCCUUCGAUCACGACUUUUAUACGGCCUUGGCCAUUCUGAGCGACAUGAAGUGUCCCUUCUCGGAGGCCAGUGUUGGCUCCAUGCGGAAAUUAACCUCAUCUCAAUGGAACUCGGGGUCAAUUGAAUCAGGACCUAUAACUAGACAGCCAACAUAUGGAUCGAGCAUGCCAGGUCCACUCGCAUCUCAUCCGGUUACUUUCUGUCAACAAACCCCAACCACCAGUGCAUCAGGUUCGUCAUCUAGCGUAACAGCAGGUAAGACUUUAUACACCUACCGACGUGCAUUCAAGGCCUAACCAUUGCAGGCAUCUCAGUACCAACCACAUCAUCCAGCACAGUCCAGACCAGUCACACAUACUUCACUAGAUCAAUCAGCAGUCGAAAUAACCCCACACAAGCACAGGCACCUCUCAACUUCUCACAGCCCAUCACCCAGGGGAGCCCAGAAGACAAUCGCCCCAGG